AUGCAGGGAGAUGUGGAGGGUAGCAAGGAAGAUCACGUGCCCCUCGGCCUUGCAGGGAAGAAAGGGAGAGGUGGAUUUAGGGCAACCAUAUUUGUGUAUGGCUUGGUGGCAUUGGACAGCAUGGGUUUCGUAGCAAACAUGGUUAGCUUGGUUCUUUACUUCAUGGGAGUGAUGCACUUUGACAUACCAACCUCAGCCAACACUCUAACAAAUUUAAUGGGCUCAACAUUCUUGCUCACCGUUCUGGGUGGCUUCAUCUCGGAUGCGUACUUGAACAGACUUCAUACUGUUCUACUUUUCGGCUUUCUUGAGAUUAUGGCUUUGGUGUUGAUAACAAUUCAAGCUCAUGCAAAAAGCAUGCACCCUCCAGCAUGUGGCAAGGCAAGUUGUGUGGAGGGUGGUAUAGAAUUUAUGUUGUACUUCUCGCUGGGUUUGCUAGCAUUGGGUUCUGGUGGAGUUCGAGGAGCUCUACCAGCUCUUGGUGCUGACCAAUUCAAUGAAAAGGACCCAGAAGAAGCCAGGGCACUUGCAAGUUACUUCAAUUGGAUGACACUUAGCACGGUGGUUGGAGCUGUUGUUGGAGUCACGGGCAUUGUUAAUCUUAGUAUGUUUCAUGGUUGGUGGAAGGGGUUUCUGGUAUCAACUGUAGGGACCUUCAUUGGUUUCGUUAUUCUGGCCGCCGGGAAGCCUUUCUACCACCUCCGACAACCAGGAGACAGUCCCCUUAUCAGGAUUGCACAGGUUUUUGCUUUGGCCAUUAGAAACCGACGAUUGCCAUUGCCAAAGGUUGAAGAAUUGUAUGAGAUCAGUCACAAAGAAACCAUCGCUUAUGAGGAAAAACUUGAGCACACUGAACAAUUCAGAUUCCUAGAUAAGGCUGCAAUUCUUCCUGAAGGCAUGCAACCAGCGCCAUGGAAAGUUUGCUCUGUGACACAAGUCGAAGAAGUGAAGAUCCUAACAAGGAUGUUACCUAUAUUAGGCAGCACUAUCAUAAUGAACACAUGUUUAGCACAGCUCCAAACCUUCUCAGUGCAACAAGGAAACGAUAUGUAUCGCAAAAUUGGCAAACAUGAUUUUCCUGCCCCAUCAGUUCCGGUAAUUCCACUCGUAUUUAUGGUCAUACUCAUACCUGCCUAUGAGUUCUUCUUUGUUCCUUUUGCUCGGAAGUUCACUGGCCAUCCGGCAGGCAUCACGCAACUUCAGCGUGUGGGAGUUGGUCUAGUUCUCUCGGCCGUUUCAAUGGCCGUAGCUGGAAUAGUUGAAGUAAAAAGAAGGGACCAGGCACUUAAAGGCCAUCUCAUAAGUCUUUUCUGGCUUUCUUUCCAAUAUGGAAUAUUCGGAAUAGCAGACAUGUUCACCCUCGUAGGACUAUUGGAUUUUUUCUACAAGGAGGCACCUUCAAGCAUGAAAUCAAUGUCUACUUCAUUCACUUGGCUUUCGUUGUCUUUCGGCUACUUCUUGAGUACUGUUUUUGUGAAUCUGAUAAAUGCCGUCACCAAAAGAAUUACACCAAGCAGACAAGGAUGGUUACAUGGGCAAUUGUUGGACUACAACAAUUUGAAUCUGUUCUACUGGUUUUUAGCCAUCCUCAGCUGUCUCAACUUUUUACUCUAUCUCUACUCGGCCUCAUGGUACAAAUAUAAACCGGAUGACACAGAGUCUAAUAACAAGCCAAAAGCGAAGGAUUCGGGUGAGGGAUUGCUUCUUGCCAAGGAAAGUAGUGGGGCUAAGACAGAUGAAGAGGAAAGUAAGCAGAAUGCAGCAAAGAGGAAUGAAGAAGAAAGCGCACAGGAGACGGAUGAUGCUAAAGCAAAGGCUCCCUCUUCUGAGCAAUCCAAUGGAACAAAAUAA